AUGGCCGACGCCGAGUCCGUCACCCUCUCGCCCGCACAUGCGCCGCAGCCGCGUGCUGUCGAGGCAUUCGCACUGCUCGAGCAGCGCAUCAAGGCCGAGCUGCUCAAGAGCCGCGCCCACUGGGCCGCGCACGAGCCGCGCAUGUACGCGCGCGUCGCCGACGUCGCCGACGCCGAGCUGACGGCGUUCGACGUGCGCUCUGGCGAUCUUGUCUCUGUACGGGCCGGGGCUGUGAGCUACGGCACCAUCAUCAUCGGCAAGAUCCGCCUGCCGCGUGCGGGCGACGACCACUACAUUCACGUGCGCAUUCACGAUCCGCCGGACGAGGAGCGCUCCGCAAAGGACGUCGUCUUCCACUCGCUCUUCACGAACGAGGCGCGCCGGGCGCCAGGCACGCAGCCGAGCGAGUACAACGCCAUCAUGCGCGCUGCAGAUGAGCUGGAGUUCUUCGAUGAGUAG